AUACUCCACUGCGCAUGCUCUGCCCCGCGCCACUGCUGCUUCCAACAACAAGCGGUAGUAAGCAAUAUGGCCGACCUAGGGAAGAAGUACUGCGUGAACUGCUUGGCAGAUGUUACGAAUUUGCGGAUUCGCUGUGCUGAAUGUCAAGAUAUUGAACUUUGCCCGGAGUGCUUCUCGGCGGGCGCCGAAAUCGGCAACCACAGACGAUGGCACGGCUAUCAGCAAGUGGACGGCGGGCGCUUCUCGCUCUGGGGUCCCGAAGCAGAGGGAGGAUGGACCAGCAGGGAAGAGCAGUCGCUGCUCGAUGCCAUCGAGCAAUAUGGAUUUGGAAAUUGGGAGGAUAUGGCAGCCCAUGUUGGUGCAUCACGCACCCCUCAGGAGGUCAUGGACCAUUACGUGAGCAUGUACAUUCAUGGAAAUCUAGGAAAAGCUUGCAUCCCUGACAGCAUCCCUAACCGCGUGACAGACCACACUUGCCCCAGCGGAGGUCCUCUGUCACCUAGUUUGACCACCCCAUUGCCCCCAUUAGACAUAACAGUGGUGGAGCAGCAGCAGCUUGGAUAUAUGCCACUUCGUGAUGACUAUGAGAUCGAGUAUGACCAGGAGGCUGAGAAACUCAUCAGUGGCCUUUCUGUAAACUACGACGAUGAAGAUAUCGAGAUCGAAAUGAAGCGAGCCCACGUGGACAUGUACGUGCGUAAACUGCGCGAGCGGCAGCGCCGCAAAAACAUCGCUCGAGACUACAAUUUAGUGCCAGCUUUUCUGGGACGGGACAAAAAAGACAAAGAACGAGAGCGAGCAGGUGGAACAGUAGGGGUUGGGGGUCCAGGUGGAGCUGUGGGAUCGGGGAGCGGUGCCACCGUCGUUCCAGCUGGGCCGCUGGGUUCCUCUACAGCAGCGACACCGAAACGAAAAAUCACCAAGGAGGAGAAGGAGCAGCGGACCAAACUACGUGCCCUUUGUCAGUUCAUGCCACAACGUGAGUUUGAAGAGUUUUUCGAUAACAUGCACAAAGAGCGGAUGCUCCGAGCGAAGGUUCGGGAGCUUCAGCGGUAUCGGCGGAAUGGCAUUACAAGACUUGACGAGUCAGCAGAGUAUGAGGCAGCACGCCACAAACGGGAAAAGCGGAAAGAGAAUAAAAGUAUUGCCGGGUCAAAGAGAGGAAGCAGUGGUGGAGGAGGAGGAACAGCUGGUCUUGGAGGAGGUGUUGGAGCAGGAGGUGGGCUUGGCGGAGGCGGCGGAGUCAGUACCAUCAAAGAGGAAGGGAAAGACAGUGAGUUUUCAGCUAUUGAGAACCUGUCCGGAUUUGAGCUGCUAUCCGAUAGGGAGAAAGUACUGUGCAACUCCAUGAACCUCAGUCCCAUGCGUUAUCUGACAGUCAAGACUAUCAUAAUCAAAGAUCAUCUACAGAAAAGGCAAGGCAUUCCCUCCAAAAGCCGCUUGCCCAGUUACCUGGACAAGGUGCUGAAAAAACGGAUUCUGAAUUUUCUUUCGGAGAGUGGCUGGAUAUCUCGAGAUGCCUCCUAAUGACACUGUCUAAAGAGCUGGCUGUAUGAAUAAUGACUGUAAAUAUAUUUUUCUAAUGUUUUAUACUGAGACUAUGAAAAGCAUGUGAGAACAAAAUGGCUGUUGGUGCCGCACUACUGGAUGUGGUCUAAAUUGUCUGUCUUUAAUCUCGAAUCUCAUCAUAGGAAUGGAAACAUGGAAAAAUUGUACAUCAGUACUUAAAGGGAACUUUGCAGUAUGUUGUUCUGUGUAAUACAUCAUAAUGCAACAACAACAA